AUGGAUAGCAACGAAGUCAUCACAGAGGACAUAAAUGAUGACUUGUCUUAUGGAAGCUACAAGAAGUUUUUCGUCGCCCUUGUGAUCGUUUCUUUCUUAGCCGCACUCUUCCACUUUCGGGAGAAAAUACUCGGAAAAAUCUAUUUCUGGCGACAGGAUAGACCGGACGAUCUGGACGCGUUAGUGGAGACAAACACCAGUGUGCAUUUCCAUCGAAACUGCUCGCAAUCGGGCGCUUACGGUCAGCUUCCCACCACAAAGACUGACGACGAUCUUUCCGACUUGGACGAAGAAGAUGAGAUCAUAAUUUCGCAGUGCAUGGCGAAGGAAAUUCCGAAUUCGAACAACCCCUGA